AUGUAUAUUGAUUUGUUAGGGUUCAUGGAUUGAUGAGAUGAGAUGUAAUCCAUCCUUAGCCUGAUUAACAGUGUAAAAAAAGACAUAAAUAGAAAAAAAAAACAAUACACACCAAAAUCUCAACUAACAAUCAAACCAGCUUGUUCAACUACCAUUCUGCAGUUUCUCCUAUUUAUUCUCAAACACUUGCUCUGUCUCAUCCAAACACCCACCAACUUCCACUCUCUGAUUUCUUUUUCUCAUGGCUGAAUCUCAACAUUCCUCUUCCGAAAACACUCCGCCAACAGAUUCUCAAGAGGAAACAAGUAUGGAAUCAAAGCUGGAAUUUUCUGAAGAUGAGGAAACACUCAUUAUAAGGAUGUACAAUCUUGUUGGGGAGAGAUGGUCACUGAUCGCGGGAAGAAUACCAGGAAGGACAGCAGAAGAAAUUGAGAAGUAUUGGAAUACCAGAUAUUCCACGAGCGAAUGAUUCUUUUUGGGGGGUAUAAUUCAUGAGGGCAUAACUGUAUCGAUGAUAUAAAAC